AUGAGGAGAGUAGCAUUGGAUGUAUUUGUUAAUCGGAUAGCAUUACACCCUGAGCUUCGGCAUAGUGAGGAUCUUAAGACCUUUUUGCAAGCUGAUGAAGAGACAAUGGAAAGAUUCAGGUUUCAUGAAACUGGUUUAUUCAAGACCAAGCCUGCUGAUCUAAUGCAAAUGUUUAGGGAUGUGCAAUCAAAAGUUAGUGAUGCUGUCCUCGGAAAGGAAAAACCUGUCGAAGAAACUACUCCUGAAUACGAGAAGCUUAAACACUACGUUUUCGAGCUUGAGAACCACUUAGCUGAGGCUCACAAGCAUGCUUAUCGCCUCGUCAAGAGGCAUAGAGAGUUGAGUCAGUCACUGUUGGAUUUUGGGAAGGCCUUAAAACUUCUUGCGGCUUGUGAGGGUGAACCUAGAGGAAAAUCAUUCUCCGAUCUUGGAACUAAAUCUGAACUAUUAUCGAUUAAACUCCAGAAAGAGGCUCAACAAGUGCUGAUGAACUUUGAGGAACCCUUGAAGGACUAUGUUCGGUAUGUGCAAUCCAUCAAGUUGACAAUAGCAGAACGAGGCUCUGCAUACAGGCAACAUUGUGAAUUGGCAGAAACAACAAAGCUAAAAGAAAUAAACCUUGACAAACUCAUGCUCACACGUUCUGACAAAGUAGGAGAAGCUGAGAACGAAUACAGAGAGAGAGAGGUAACAACAACAACAACAAACUCCAACUUAAAAAUGAUUUCUCUUUGACCAUAUAUGGUGCUUGUGCAGAUUAAAGCAGAGAGCGAGGAAGCAACGAUAAGAUUUGAGAGGAUAGCGAAGAGAAUGAACGAGGAGAUAGUGAGGUUCCAAGAAGAGAAGACAGAAGAGAUGGGAGUUGCGUUUCAUCAGUUUGCUAAAGGACAAGCUCGCUUAGCAAACGGUGUAGCUGAUGCUUGGAGAGCUCUUCUUCCCAAACUUGAAGCUGUUUCAUCUUCUGUUUAAAAACAAUACUUUGUUGGUUUUUAACAGUUUCUGGUGUUUUUAUUUUUUGUCAAUUUUUUCAACUUUAGUAACUUUGUUCGUUUUCUUCCACUUGUAAAGAUAAAUACAUGCACUUCAUA